UCACCAAAGACAUAUUUAUUUAUAUUUUUCGUUUUAAACGCUAUGUGCAGCGGAUCAACCGUCUUCAAGAGUUAUUACGGCAUCAAAACAAACGAGUAUCCUAAAUCCUCGUGUCACAGAAUUGAUUAUAUAAGAAGUAAGGGCCAAUGUCUAGGAGCAUGCGUUACCACAACGGAUAAGAUAGUCAUGAUAAGCCACGAUGAAUCCACAAAAACCUGUAUGUGUUGCAACGACAUCACAGGAAGCGACAUAACUGAUCCAACUUGGAAGUCGUAUGUCCCACGUUCAUUCCCAUGGUCUGACGGCUGUAAGACUUACAACUUGUCAUCACAACAAAUAUGUUUAAAGUAUUUCCCAGUUCUUGCAAGAUACUUAUCAGCUAGAAACCUUUGUCAGGCGGAAGAUGGUGAUCUGAUUAAAAUUGAUUCCAAGGAAAAGUUUGACAUUUUCAAGGAUUAUCAUGUGCCGAUUGCCAACAGUGAAACAAUUCAAGUGUGGGUUCAAGGGAAAAAAGUCGGAGGUCUGUGGCAGUUUGAUGACGGAACUCCAAUACCUGACGUCUGUCCCAUCGGCAUGAGUAAUCAACCAGGGGAAGUGCAUUACCGGGCCUACGGUUCUACAUCAUUUAACUGUGCUGAUGCUCCUAACAGUGACCUAUAUAAUUAUACGUGUGCAUACCAUCGUUUUUAA